AUGCUGUUUCAACUCAAGAGAAGUACGCGUUCUAUAUGUACAGCUGCUGUUUGCCUUAAUCGUAUCAAGACUUCAAAAGAUCGCCGAGAAUAUUUCGAAAAAGUUCGAUCGUGGAAAGCCAAUCCUGAUCAAGUCCAAACGACUCGAGUAGAACCGAGACUACCCAAGAAGAAGGUUGCUUUGUUGAUUGGAUUUAAUGGAUCAAGAUACCAAGGCAUGCAGGCAAACCCUGGGGCACAGACAAUUGAAUCUGUUUUGUUUGAUGCAUUAUGUAAAGCAGGUGCAGUUUCUUCAUCCAAUGCGAUGGAUCCAAAAAAAGUACAGUUAAUGAGAGCAGCAAGAACAGAUAAGGGUGUACAUGCUUCAUGCAAUGUGGUGUCUCUUAAGAUGAUUUGUGAGGACAAACACAUUGUUGAAAAGCUGAAUAAACUAUUACCGGAUCAUAUUCGAGUAUGGGGCUAUGUAGAGACGCAAAGAAGCUUUCAUGCAAAAAACAAAUGUGAUUCUCGUAUCUAUGAAUAUUUGUUUCCUUCCUAUGCACUUAAAUGCCUUGAAAAAAACAAGAAAUGGACAACUGUGCCUAAAACUGACAAAGAUAUUCAGAUUUCAACAUUGGAUGGCACCGUUCAGAGAUACAUAAAGCCUACAGAUCCUCAGUUAUUGUUUGAUUAUAGAGUGGAUAUAGAGAGAUACAAUCGAUUCAAACAAGCCAUGUCUCUAUUUCUAGGCACUCAUAAUUUUCACAAUUAUACAAUUGCCAGAAGUUUUCAUGAUAAAGCGUCUAAUCGACAUAUGAUUGACAUCAAGGUUGAGAAACCCAUCCUUAUUCAUGGUAUGGAAUGGAUUAGUGUUAAACUACAUGGUCAAUCAUUCAUGCUUCAUCAAAUUAGAAAAAUGAUUUCCAUGGCUAUGUUAUCUGUACGCACAGAGACACCGUCCUGUAUUAUACCGAAAACAUUCGAAUCAACUAGGAUUAAUAUUCCAAAAGCACCAGCAUUAGGACUACUGCUAGAUAGACCUGUAUUUCACUAUUACAACCAACACAUUAAUAAUGUUGAUAAUGACAAGCAAGCCAUUGAUCCUGAUAAUUACAAAGAUGAUAUUCAACAGUUCAAAAAGGAUUUCAUUUAUACUAAAAUAUUUGAAAAAGAGCAUCAACAGAACAUGCAAGUAUAA